AUGCGCCUUCAGCUGUGGGACACGGCUGGUCAGGAGCGAUUCCGAAGCUUGAUCCCUAGCUACAUCCGGGAUGCCGCGGCCGCGGUGAUCGUCUACGACAUCACGAGACAGUCAUCCUUUCAGGGAACAAGGGCCUGGAUCUCUGACGUCCGGGCCGAGAGAGGCAAGUUUGAGUGCUUGGUGGUUUGUUGCCUAUUUGUUGCCGCUUGA